AUGGAAGUCAAACGGAAGAACAUCCUGCCCAAAAACAGUGAUUGUCACGGGUUUCGUGACCCGUACGGGUUGCGGGUAAGGCGCGGGUUGGCGGGUACCCGUAGUUAUACCCGCACCCAAAUCAGACGUCGGCGUUUGCCGACAAACGUUGACGCGCAUCAACAGCAGCCCACAACACGGAACCACCACGAUGCCCACCCACCACCACUUUCACCAAUGACGACCACCCUUGCCAGUGACAACAACUACCCUCGCCAACCACCCUGGCACGGCCCAUUACCACAAGACCAACACUACAAUGCCACGUCACCAGCCGACAAGCACCCACCAGAUCGAUGCGAGGUGACGACAAUGAAGCGGCACAUUAACAGCACGGCUACAAGAUGGCAUGGCAUGAAAACAGAGUGGCAGGCAUGUAUCCCGCCUACUGCCGCAUCCCUUGCAGAAGCCAAAGCCGCCGUUCGCCACACCCUAUCACAGGGCAAGGCUGGCCCCCCGUUUUGCACCCAACGCCUGUCCGUCAACUCCCCUUACCACGUGCAACAAAACGGCACAACAACGUGGAGUGACAACACAAACGGUGCACACGACAACGAGCAGACCAGGGCACAUGCCGAGAGGCAACGACAAUGUGCCACGUCGUGGCAACCAAACGACGAACAACGUUCGUCGUUGUUUACUCUAGGACUGCACAGACAACGUCGCGAUGAGGAGCACACAGUACAAGGACACGGGACGACAACACUACGAGGAUAUGCGACGUGGGACGACGACGAUGAGGACACGGGACAACUACGACCCGAUGAAGAGUCACAAACAACUCGGCGAAGAUGCGACGACGAGGACACAGUACAACGAUGGGACAAGGACGCCGUGGAACGACGACACCGACCAUUAUCAUUACAGUGGGAUAAGGGUUAUUCGAGGGAUUUGGAGAGGGAGCGCUUGUUGAUGGUGGUUCACUCGAGACGUGAUGAUGACCAUUGUAGCUUACUUGUAAAAUAUACCUGUCCUGCCAAACCCGCCAGACCCUCCAAACCCGCCAAACCCGCCAAACCCUCAACCCAUACCCUCCAAAACCCAUACCCGCAGCUGCGGGUACGGGUUUCUGUGGGUAAGGGUACGGGUCGAACCUUCCACAUCCCUGUUUCCGAAUUGGGUGCCGCGCCCACAUGUUUGAACCAAUCGACGAGCGCACAUGGACCACACUCAUCCCCCUCAUGCCCGGCUUGUCUUGGUCCUCAACUACUAACGCGCAAUCGUGUCGUGGCCUGUGCUUUCGCCAAGAUGGAGUGGACCGUCCAUGCUCAGUUCGCAUGCCCCGAAUGCCUGACUCAUCGCUUGGUGCAUAGAAGGUGGCGACGGCGGAGUGAAAGACAGACACCUUGCUUGUUGGAUAUGGGCAUUGCUGAAUGGAGGAAACAUCGGUGCAACAUUCCCAGUCACAUACUCCUCAAUGAUGCCAGUGUCCUCGUCAUUGUCGCCGAGGGGUAUGCAUCUGCCCCAAAGCUUUGUAGCGAUUUGAACAAUGCCAAGGCCAUUUGA